AUGACAGUAUUCCGCGAGCCCGAGUCGCCUGCAUCUGCGGCAUCGGCGUCGCCGCGGGCGCAGAGGAAGCACCUGCUGCCUCGCCCCGUGCUCGACGCCGUCGCCGGCGCCGUGUCGGGCGGGGUGGCGCGCCUCGUGGUGUCGCCACUCGACGUCAUCAAGAUCCGAUUUCAGGUGCCUCCCGCGCCAUGCCUCGCACCCUCUCGUCGCUUCGUCUUCGCAGCUCGCCUCGCCAUGACUCCUCUCCGCGAUUACCCGAACGGGCGCGCACUUAUCUCUCACGCCGCUGCCGCGCUCACCCCGCCGUCCUCGCGAUCCCCGCAGGUGCAGCUGGAGCCCAUCCACGCGCCGCAUGCCGCCGCCGCCGCCACCUCCGCAGCUGGGCGCGCGGCGGCGACGGCGGCGGCGGGCGCGGUGCGGGCGUCGCGGUCCAAGUACACGGGGCUGCUGCAGGCCGCGCGGGAGAUCCUCCGCGAGGAAGGCGUGCAGGGCUUCUGGCGGGGCACGGUGCCGGGGCUGCUGUUGGUGAUGCCCUACACCGCCAUCCAGUUCGUCGUCAUCCACCGCUUCAAAUCGCUCAUGACCGGCUCACACCGCACAGAGGACCACAAGCAGCUGCGACCGGAGCUGUCAUUCGUGGGCGGGUCGGUGGCGGGCAUGGCGGCCACGGUGGGGUCGUACCCCUUCGACCUGCUGCGCACCGUGCUCGCCUCACAAGGCGAACCCAAGGUGUAUGCGGGCAUGAGGGCGGCGUGCAUGGGGAUAGUGAGGGAGCGCGGGGUGAGGGGGCUGUUUGCAGGGCUGCCGCCCACCAUGGUGGAGAUCAUCCCCUACGCCGGCCUGCAGUUCGGCCUCUACGACGCCUUCAAGCGCCACCUCGCUCACUACAACUGGUCGCGCUCCAAGGCUCGCCACGACCGCCCCGUGUCGCUCGCCCACUCCCACCUGCCCUCCACAGCCCCGUCCACCGCGCCACUCUCCCCGCCGCCAUCACCCUCACCAUCAUCAUCACCAUCACUCUCACCAGCAGCAGCCCCGCCAGCCGUGGCAUCGGCAGUGGAGCGGGCGGCACGGCCUGCCGUGUCAUCGGGGCAGCUGAGUGCAUGGCAGCAGUUCAUGUGUGGGCUGGCAGCGGGCACACUCGCUAAGGUCGCCUGCCACCCACUCGAUGUCGUCAAAAAGCGAUUCCAAGUGGAGGGGCUGCGGCGCCAUCCUCGGUACGGAGCACGCAUCCAGCCGAGGGCGUACCGCGGCAUGGUAGACGCGCUGCGCAAGAUAGUGGCCACCGAGGGUGUGGAGGGGCUCUAUAAAGGUGUGCUGCCUUCCGUUAUCAAAGCCGCCCCAUCUGCUGCAAUCACCUUUUUUGUCUACGAGCUUGUGGCAAAGUUUCUCGAGGAAAUGUCCUCAACAGACGUCUAA